UUUAAUAUAACUUUCCUAUUUAUAUAACUCACAAAAUCUUUAAACUUUAAUUAAUUAUAAAAGCGUUGAGAAAAUCUUCUCCUCUUCUCUUCUCCAAAAUUCUCAAAAAUGAUACCCAGAAAGAAUAUGAGUCGGGUUUCGCCAUUGUUACUGAUCUUACUUGCAUUAGGUUUCUUCUUUGCAACAUACAAUUUGGUUACAUUGAUAAUUCACAAUAGGGCAACGACAAGUAGCAGUGUUAGUAUUAGUACUAGUGGCAGUAGUAGUAAUGGUGGAGGAUCGGAAUGGUUUGACCCGGUUAAGGAAUCGAAUUUAGUGAAAUCCGGUGACCGGAAAUUCCACGUGGCAUUGACGGCGACUGAUGCGCCGUACAGUAAGUGGCAGUGUAGGAUUAUGUACUAUUGGUAUAAGAAGAUGAAGGAGAGGGAUGGAUCCGAAAUGGGUGGGUUUACUCGGGUUUUGCAUUCGGGUAAACCUGAUAAUUUGAUGGAGGAGAUUCCUACUUUUGUUGUUGAUCCUCUUCCUGAAGGGUUGGAUCGGGGUUAUAUUGUUCUUAACAGACCAUGGGCUUUUGUUCAGUGGCUUGAAAAGGCAUCAAUUGAAGAAGAAUACAUUCUAAUGGCAGAGCCCGACCAUGUAUUUGCAAAUCCCUUGCCAAACUUGGCUCGUGGAGAUCUCCCAGCCGCAUUUCCCUUUUUCUACAUAAAACCAGCAGAACAUGAGGAAGUUAUACGAAAAUACUAUCCAGAGGAUCUAGGCCCAGUGACUAAUGUUGAUCCAAUUGGAAAUUCUCCUGUAAUAAUUAAAAAGUCCAUUUUGGAGAAAAUUGCUCCUACAUGGAUGAAUAUUUCUCUGAGGAUGAAAGAUGAUCCAGAAACCGACAAGGCUUUUGGCUGGGUUCUGGAAAUGUAUGGCUAUGCCGUGGCAUCUGCUUUACAUGGUGUGCGGCACAUUCUUCGAAAGGACUUCAUGCUACAGCCACCUUGGGAUCUGGAAGUUGGAAAGAAGUUUAUUAUUCAUUAUACCUAUGGAUGUGAUUAUAAUAUGAAGGGAGAGUUGACAUAUGGAAAGAUUGGUGAAUGGAGAUUUGACAAAAGAUCUUACCUACGAGGCCCUCCACCAAAAAAUCUUAGUUUGCCCCCUCCAGGGGUUCCUGAAAGUGUGGUAAGAUUAGUGAAGAUGGUUAAUGAAGCUACUGCUAAUAUCCCUGGAUGGGAGACAGAGUGAGAAUGAGUCAAACUUGACUUGUGUAUUUACCUAUAUUUAUACUUUGGCCAUCUUCCGAACCACAGCGCAUGGUCAAUAGUUCCCAGAAGGCUUCAAGAUGGAUUAUCUUUAGACCAAAUAUAUGAUUUAAACAAGUUAAUUAGAAGUGGUGUCAUACUAGAGUAGUUCUGUUCUUCAUAGAUAUUUCUCUUCUCCCUCCAUGGUACUUGUGGACUAAACUAUAAAGCUAGUAUUCUUUUUGUAAAAAUCUGUUGUGUAAUGUCUUUAAAAGUGUAAUAGGUGAUCUGAGGUCUAAAUUAUGUCACACAAGUUUUUGUGUCUAUAGAAGUGAUCUUUAGAACUUAACCGAUGGCUGACUUAUGCUGGAAUUUUUCUUGUUUCUUUGUGGAGGCAAUAUUCUGUAGUUGCA